CCGAAGAGUAUCGGAUAACGCUGCAACCCUUGUGCUCCUCGGUCGCCCUGUCUUCAUUGCUGCUGCGAGUGCCGCCUCGUUCCUCUGUAUUGACUUUGUUUCAGAAGCUCUCAACUGACUACUCCUAGGGAGGAACUCAUUGAUCAAAAUUGAGAUAGCAUCAUUAUGCUCUAGUGGUAAUUGUUGUGGCUUGCUUUGACAAUGGUGGCUGAUCAGUGGAAGAAACGUCUACGUGCUGCCAGCACUGUUGACUAUUCUCAGGAACCCCAUGGAUUGAAGAAGAAGAAGAAGAAGCAGGGAUUAGCAAGAUAUAGUUUGAAGUUAAGAUCCAAUGUUUCUCUGGUCUGGGAUGACAAAAAAAGGUGUGUUCUUGCCAAGAAGGAGCAAAUUGGCAUUUCAUGGAGAGACUUGACUCCCUUUUUGGAUUCUCUCUCCCACCAUCAUAGUAUACUGGCUGAUGUUUUUACUCUACCUCACGGAAUUUUUGAAUUCGAAAAUUUAAGUGAGGUCCUCUCGCACGAGGUCUGGCAGGCAAACUUGUCAGAAGAUGAGAGAGGAUUUCUUACCCAAUUUUUGCCGGAAGGGUCAGAUCCAGAUGAAAUUGUCUGUAAAUUGCUGGGGCAGGAAAAUUUUCACUUCGGAAAUCCUUUUGUUAAGUGGGGUCAGAUGAUUUGUUCUGGUAGCUUUCACCCUGAUAUUGUUAUGCGUCAGGAACAUCUUCUCAAGGCUAACAAGAAGGCGUAUUACAUGGAAUUACAAAAUUACCAUAAUAAUAUGAUUGAGAAGUUGCAGUUAUGGAAGGAAAAUGUGGAGAGCUGUAAAGACUCUGAGGAAGAAUUGGUGGAGAGAAUAUUGAGAAAGGGCUUCACAGAAGGCACCUAUGGCAGUUCACCUGAUGGAGCUAAGGUGAUUGGAAGGUCUAGGAAAGGAGAAAAGCUAAACAGGCGCAAUAUCCAACACAGCGAUGGCGCCAAAUACAUGUCUUAUAUUAAGGUCAGUCGAGAACACUACCAACGUGUUAAGAACAGCAUGAAGCAUAAUAGUAAUAGCAUUCAGCCCAGGUCUCUGAGCAACGUCUUAGGUGAUAUGGAAAAUCUCCAUGUACAGCCAUUUGAAUUUUAUGAGGAAGAGGAACGUCAGAAGUUACAUGACCACUGGCUGCACCUGGCAAACAGAGAUGUCCCUGCUGGUUUUGCAAACUGGAUACAGAGACGUUCACAGGGAUUGCAAGUGAGAAGAUCAUUAGGUCAAGAAAUGGAACAGAAACUGAAAGUCCAAAUUAAGGGGGAAGAGGAAAAGAUCCCCGAUGGGAUCUUUGCAGAACUAACUGAUACUAAAGAAGAAGAAGAGAGAAGGAGCUCUGAUGGGAUCUUUGCUGAACUAACUGAUAAUAAAGAAGCAGAAGUUGCACUCUCAAUGGAAGUAGAGGUUGAUCAGCAAGAGGGCAACGAAAAAUCUGAUGGGUUGAUUGAGAAGCAGAUGGAAAGCGAGAUAGUAGAUAAUGAGCUUUCUCUACACUCGGAGGUUGAUCAGCAUGAAAGCAACGAAAAAUCUGAUGGGUUGGUCGAUAAGCAAAUGGAAUGCGAGAUAGUAAAUAAUGAGCUUCCUCUACAGCCGGAGGUUGAUCAGCAUGAGAGCAACGAAAAAUCUGAUGGGUUGAUCGAAAAGCAAAUGGAAAGCGAGAUAGUAAAUACUGAGCUUUUUCUACACUCGGAGGUUGAUCAGCAUGAGAGCAACGAAAAAUCUGAUGGGUUGAUCGAAAAGCAAAUGGAAAGCGAGAUAGUAAAUACUGAGCUUUUUCUACACUCGGAGGUUGAUCAGCAUGAGGGCAAAGAAGAAUCUGAUGGAUUGAUCAAGAAGCAAAUGGAAAGAGAAAUAGUAAAUGAUGAGCUUCCUCUACAGCCAGAGGAUCAGGAGGGAGGAGAAUCUGCAAGCUUAUGUGAUAAACAGACUCCUGAUAGCACAGCUAACACUGAUUAUGAUGAUGAAUCUCUCCCUGUCUCACUCAAUCAGCAUCUUGAUCAUGUUUCACUUGUUGAGAGCAAUCAGUUAGACCACUUUAAGCUGGACUCUAACGAGAACCAUAUAAUCCAGCAAGCAGAUGAAGUUUCUCCAACUCUAUCAGAGUAUCCAGAGGAAGGGUUGAAUAAUGUGGAUGGUCCUGUUGAUCAGGGGGAUCCUCUUGCUUCUACCAGUGUUGGUUGGCCAGCAGUUAGCAUAGCUACUUCUUAUGGACGUGCCACUCCCAUAAGUCAUGAAUAUUCUUCUGUUGAGGAGUUGUCACUUGGGCAUCCUCGAGUUACUGAUGAGCCAGCGGCUAGUCUUAUUAAUCUGGGAGCUGUCCCUACAGAAAAGGAUGCUGGGAGGGAUAUGUUGCCCAGAGAACCCAGUGAUGUUUCUCUUUUUGGUUCAUACCCUCAGAACAGGAAUGAAAUAUUUCAACCAUUUUUUAAAGGUCCAGAUAGUUUAUCUUACAAUCAUGAGCAUAGACAGCCUCCACUGGUGUACCAACCAUCAAGCAAUCUGAUCGUGGAGCCAGGUCAAUAUUCUGGUCAUUUAAGGGAGCAGCUUCAUGCGCAGUUACCAUUGGAGCUAAGGCACAAGGGACUGAAUGAUCUCCUCAUGCAUCAGAACUUUCAGGAGAAUCUAUACCCAGAUGGAGGUCGAUACUCUUUCCCUAGGCAUGAGCAGUUGAAUGUUGGCAUGCAAGAUUGGGCUGUCAAUUCUGUUCAUGUAUCAGCACCGUCUCAAACUCAUUUAAGCAGUGGAGACUUGUUAAGUCAGAAUUGGUUCUCUGGAGAUAAUCAUGCCCGUGGGGCCUGGUCUACUUUGGAAGGUAUUGGUGGUCCAUCUCAGAGCAUUGGAAGUGUAAACAACUCAGAUCAGAGCUUGUACAGUGUUUUAUCUGAAUGUAACACACUGCAUCAGAGUGGCUCUUAUGAUCUAUCAGGAUCAAGAGAACGGUUGAUCCCUUCAAGGAACUAUGGUGAGAUGGGUGUGGGAGUUACCACAACGAGCAAUGCCUCGCUGCAACCAGCUAAACCCCUUAGUUACAUGAGUAGCCAGGAAAGUCCUGGAGGCCUUAAACCCAAUGGUCUCGGAUGGGUGAGCAUGUCUACUCAAAGUCCUGGGGUACAGGAUCCGAUGGGUAAACCAUUCUUGAGGUCCUGGAAUCCGUAGGGAUGUUGCGUUGCAAAAUGAUACGUGGCUCCAAGAGUCCGCAGGACAAAAGUUGAUGUAAACUUGUACACCACGAGAUGCAGCCAGAUUUUAUUGCAAUUGUUUUGAGGUGAGGCUGCUGCAAGGCUUUUCUUGAUGAUGUCAAGCCUCAUAGGCAUUUUGUAAAUACAUACAUUAGACAAAUCUAAUGUCUGUGUAUAUACUAGAUAUAGGGAGAUUGGUUUAGUUAUGGAGAUCCAAUGGUUCUUUAACUAGAUACUAGAUAUUUAGAUAAUAUAGUCUUGCUAGUAUUUUUCAUUUUUUUCUUUGUUAGUAAAAUAAAAUCUCCCCUAUUUUGUUCAA